AUGUUUCAGGGGCAGCAGGGAUGGUUCUGCCGCAGCGUCAGUCGGGACUUGAGGCGGUUCUGGGAGGCCGAAGGGGGAAGGCUCAGUGAUCCUCAGGCCGCCGACUACUUGUUCAGCUGCGAUGCCUCACACCCAGACACGAGGAGAAUAUAUCAGAGCCUCGAAUAUAUCGAAGAUAAUGCAACAGUGUUUCACGCCUACUAUCUGUCUGCAGUAGCUCACUCUGAAAUCAAAGGCUCAGUGGCUUUAGGCCAUUUUAUCCUUCCUCCUGCAUGCCUGCAAGAAGAAAUAAGAAGAAAAAUUGGUAAUUUUAUUUGGGAACAAGAUCAACAUUUUCUGAGAAAAGAGCAUAAAGAAUCACCAAAUGAAAUAAAGAUACUUCAGAAAAGCAGUGAACUAGCUAAAGAUAACAAAAAAGAAGUAUUCAAAAGCACAGAAAAGCAUUUUAGAGGGACUCCAGUUACAGAAAAGCAAAUGUACUUCCCUCUUCAGAAUUAUCCAGUGAACAACAUGGUAACAGGGUAUAUAUCAAUUGAUGUCAUGAAGAAAUUCCUUGGAGAGUUAAAUGACUUCAUACCUGGAAGCUCAGGAUAUUUGGCAUAUCAUGUUCAAGAUGAAAUUAACAUGUCUGCUAUAAAAAAUAAAUUGAAGAGGAAAUGUUAA